UAUUUUCACAUAGCUGAAACAAUGCAAUACAAAAGCAGGCAAGCCUGGGUUCGUUUAGCGGUGUUUUAAUGUUCAGUGGGUCAGAAUAAAGACAGCUGGUCUGGUGACAACCGAGCCGGCUGCACCGGUCUGGGUUAGUGAGCCAAUCAGGCAGUUUGUAAUAAGUUAGCUGGAGUGUGUUGGACUUGCAGGAUUUACAGCUCUGCAAUGGCAAACAUUUCAUUCGUGGACACACACACACACGCACACACGCACACACGCACACACACACACACACACACACACACACACACACACACACACACACACACACACACACACACACACACAGAGCCAGAUUUAUCCUGGUGUUUACAUAAAAGAUUUGCAAUGAAAGCAGCGGGACAGGUGCCGGUUUUUAAAUAUUUUACUUUGAAGGAGUCUGUUUGUCUAAGAGCUGCACGAUGUUGUAGCUAUAUUUUUCUAUUCCAACAUUCACAAUACCAAUCUGGUAAAUGCUCAAUAUGGAUCACCCAGCAGAAACAUAUAAAUGUAAAUACACACAUUCUUGUUGACAGAGCAUCAGUGAUGCACAGGUUUCAGUUCUGAGGACCAAUAACCGUGUGUAGAAAGCUUGUACAUCCAUGAUCUGCUGGGCAGACUCUGCUGUAUCCAACGUGAAACUGUUAAACAAAACCUUUUGUCUUCUUACAGUUUCUGAUGGAACAUUUUGAUUCAGAAACAUUUAAACGUCCACAUGGAAGUCCUGACCUAUCACUGAUGAAGCUGAAUUGGCCAGUCCCAAUCCCACCGGGCAGCAGUGGCUCAGCAGGUGGAGCGGGUUGUCCAGUGAUCGGAGAGUUGUCGGAUUGAUCCCAGCUCCUGGUGGAGAUUGCUGUUGUUGUGUCCUUGGGCAAGGCACUUAACUCACCUUGCCUGCUGGUGCUGGUCUCAGUGAGCCACAGGGCACCACCAGCACAUGAAUAUUUGUGAAUGGAAGAAUGCUACGCUGUAAAGCGCUUUGGAGUCUUCUGACUCUAAAAGGCGCUGUACACGUGUGGGUCAUUUAUCAUUUAUCCUCAUCACCCCGCUGCCAACUGAGAAGGAAAUCUGUUUCAAUCUUCCUUCCAACAUGAUUGAGACAUUAGUCUGUUAAAUUCUUACUUAUUGUACGUUUAGGUUAUUUUAUGACUUCCAUGGUUAUUCUGGCAGAAUUAUUAAGAAUUUCCAGCUGGAUAGAAACUGGAUGGAAUUUCCCCACAUGAGUUUCUUAAAUCUAACCAAUUGAACCCAGAUAAUUGCAUAAUGUGGACUUCAUUGUGGAGUUAAACUUUAUGAAACAACGUGUGGGCGGGCUACUAUGAAACUUUCCAAGUUAGAGUUUUAAAACAGUAACACUUUGCAACUCGAUCCAUCCAGACUAGCUGUUUGCUCACAAGUUUGGUCAGAACUAAUCUUUAUUUUUCUAAACUGAGGUCAUUCAAAGAACUUUCUAAGACAGGUGAAAUUGUUCAGGAUCUUUUAAUGGAAACGCAGGUAAAACAUCUGACCUUGGGCUGAUAACAGUGUGGUGGUCUCAUGAAAAGGUUGGACUGUGAAUUCUUUGCGUUCAGUCUGUUGCCACGCAUGACUCAUUCUGUUUAUAGGACAAAAUAUAUGAUCCGGCAGCUCAUUCCUCAUCAUACGAGCUUUGUGGGCUUGGUAGAAAAGGCUGCAUACCAACCCGGCAUUCUAGGUAAAGGACACGAACACACACAUUUACAAAUUACUCAACAUGUUUAAGUUUAGUCAGGCUUUAGUUUACCUUCAUCAGUGGAUAGUUGCUGAGUAAGAGGGGACCACACAGCACUAUUUGGCAAUCUGGAAGACAGAGUUUAUUUCUGGUGCCAAGGCUUUUGCAUAGUGAUGAGCAGUUCCUGCGCCCACAGCUCUGUAGGAGAUCGGGAGUGUGAGUAGGCUACACAAAGUCCUUCAGCUCACCAGCAAAGAGGAUGAAAUGGAGAAAGUGGUAUCUGGAGUCUUAUCUGAUUCAAUAAGCGUAAAGAGCACACGGAAACCUGAGGAGGUGCUUUGAUCACGAGGAAUGUGUGGGGCUGUUUCAUUUUCCCUAACAAGGUGAAGAAGAGCCACUAAAGAAGGCAUGCAGCAGAUAUUAUGGCUAACACUAGGUGCACACGUCUCUGGAGCCACCAGCUUGCCGCGUGUCACCAUCCUGUAGCCAGAGCCUGUGUGCCUGAGCUCCAUGCACCUCACACAUCCCACCUUUGACUUCAUGAAGAUCCCUGACAUUGGUGAUGUGAUGAAUAAAUUUGAAGUCCUUGGGAUUGUGGGUGAAGGUGCCUAUGGUGUUGUCCUGAAGUGCCGACAGAAGGAAACCAAUGAAAUUGUUGCCAUUAAGAAAUUCAAGGACAGCGAAGAAAAUGAAGAGGUUAAAGAAACAACGUUACGGGAACUUAAGAUGCUCCGCACUCUCAAGCAGGAGAACAUUGUUGAGCUGAAAGAGGCCUUUCGCAGAAGAGGGAAGCUGUAUCUUGUCUUUGAAUAUGUGGAGAAGAACAUGCUUGAGCUUCUUGAGGAGUUACCCACCGGCGUGCCAACGGACAAAGUGCGCAGCUACAUCUUCCAGUUAAUCAAAGCUAUUCACUGGUGCCAUAAGCAUGACAUUGUUCACAGAGACAUAAAGCCAGAAAAUCUUCUCAUCAGUUCCGAUGACGUCCUCAAGCUGUGUGACUUUGGUUUUGCACGUAAUCUGUCUGAGGGGACUGAUGCCAAUUACACCGAGUAUGUGGCUACUCGAUGGUACCGCUCUCCAGAGCUCCUGCUCGGGGCUCCUUACGGCAAAGCGGUGGACAUGUGGUCAGUGGGCUGCAUCUUAGGAGAGCUGAGCGACGGGCAGCCUCUGUUCCCGGGGGAGAGCGAGAUCGACCAACUCUUCACCAUCCAGAAAGUGUUAGGACCCCUGCCUCCAGAGCAGAUGAAGCUCUUCUAUAACAAUCCUCGCUUCCACGGGCUGAGGUUUCCUGCUGUGAGCCACCCUCAGACUCUGGAGCGAAGGUACUUGGGGAUCAUUGGCGGCGGCCUGCUGGAUCUGCUGAGGAACCUGCUGUUGCUGAACCCGACGGAGCGUUUUCUCACAGAGCAGUGCCUGAACCAUCACACCUUCCAGACCCUGCGGCUGGUGGACCGGCCCGGCCCGCCCACACCCACACCUGUACGCUCCUCCAAAAGGAAGCCUCACCAUGGAGACAACACCACCCCCAGCAGGAGUCAUGGGGGAAAGAGCUCAGGAGGCCACCGCUCCAGCAGCAGAGAGGGUUCUAGCUUACCCCGACACGACGACGUCCACCCCGGCAAUGACAACUUCCUUAAUGGCAACAUGUCUGCAGCCAUGAACCUCAGCCCCACCCUGCAUCACAAGAACUACCAGCCGCAGAUCUUUAACCACUCUACGGCUUACAGUAUGGACCUAGCCAGCAGCAACCUGCCUCAACUGCUCAGUGCUGGAGACACCAAGAGCAAGGGUGACUUUGAGAUGAACUUAGGGUCCAAGUUGUUGGACGGUCCUGGAGCUAAGUACCUCAAAUCCAACUUCCGCUCACAGCAGAACCGCCACUCUUUUGUUGAAGGGAAGACCAACACGCUUCAGUCAGGGGAGAAACAUGGCCGACGCAUCUUCCUGGACUCCUACAACUCCACACCCUCCUCCUCUAAGUUUGCCUAUCUGAACUUGUCUAAGAGCUACGGCACACUUAGCGACGCCAAGUCUGUGGGAAACCUGAACGAUGUGCAUCUGUAUGCAGAUGAGCCUACAUCUCGCUAUUUUCCCUCCAGCUGCCUUGACCUCACGGCUCCAAGCAGCCCGGCAUCCCGCAGGGUGGAAAGACUGGGACCCGGCACGACUGGUCGAGGAAACAUGCGUUCUGACAGAGAGAGCAAUACUCUGGACUCGUCAUACAGACGCUCCUCUACGCGCCGUAAGACUUCAGAGGAGGCCAAGUCACCAGAUUCCUUGGAUCCUGGAGAUGGUAGCAUGGAAAGGAGCCAUGCUCAUUCUCUGUCUGCCCCACAUGACCCUCUGGCUUACGGUCAGGGCUACACAAGUCCAUUUUCCUCCCAGCAGCGGCCGCACCGCCACUCGAUGUACGUCAGGAGGGAUCACCAGAGAACGCAUGGGGCAGAGGAGGGCCUGUCGGUCGGGCAGGGUUUACCCACCAGAGCCAGCAGCCUUCAGCUCCUGUCCCCUCAGCUGCAGCACCGCACACUGCCACGCCUCUCUGGGAGCUCCUCCCGGGAGGAUGACAUGAGCAGGAGUGAGCAGUCAUCCACUGAAGUCACCCACAGCAGACCCUCAAUAAGGGAUUCCAAAAGGGACAACGCUGCAUCUUUUCUCACACCGCGGCAGAAAAGCGAGGUUGGGUUAUAUCAUGACCAACAAGCAGAAGACGGGGGCUCCUCCAAAGAGAAUCGUAACAUCUACAGUGAGUCCAUGCCCAGGCGGGUGGGCAGCUUCUACAGAGUUCCUUCUCCUAGGCCAGACAACUCUUUCCAUGACAGCCGGGGCCAAGACCGGGAUUCUGGCUUGUCCGGGGAAGGCAGCAGUUUGACAAACCACUCCAAACGUCAGCCAGCGUUUGACCCCUGGACUGGCCCAGACACUGUAGUCUUGAAUGCCUCUGAGCCAUCCAAAGGAAAGGAGAAGCAGGGAUUCUUCAGAGCAAUAAAGAAGAAAAAGAAAAAAUCUCAGAUGGCUCAAAACGACGGUAUGGAUGCGGUCAUCCAGAAGUCCUCCAGGUCCUCAGGUCAUCAGAGCAGCCGCCACAGAACUCGGGAUAAAAGCAGAGACCGGAACCAAGAACGAGACCGAGACAAAGGCUGGCCACCUGAGAAGCUGUCCGAUUCGCAUUCUCCAAGUCAGCCACUAAAGUCACUUCGCAAGCUCCUACACCUCUCAUCCUCCUCCUCCAACCAGACAGCAUCCUCAGAUAUGCGCUACCAGCCACUGCCUAACUCAACCUCCACUCAAGGGGGUUUCUCUGAAAGCCAGGGUCACUCAGGGGUCAGCACGCCUCAGCUGAAGAGCCGACAGGCAGCCUACCCUCUGCCGGGACAGCUGGAGUCAGGCUGGCACUCGUCUGCCCUGGGCCGCCCAGAGGGCAACCCCUACCCGGAGCAAAUGGGUGUCAAGGGGGGUCAGAAUGGACACGGCUUUGGGCGCCCGUCCAGGUCUCGCAUGCCAAACCUUAAUGACCUGAAAGAGACGGCUCUGUAAUCUCCAUCUCUCUGCAGCUUUCACAUCCACCUCAGCAUUCUGCCUCCCUCCUGUUGCUCUUACACCUCCCUGUAAAUCAGCUGCACACACACACACACACACACACGCAUAAACUCUCUCUCACACACACACACACCUAAACUCACACACACACACACACACACACACACACACACACGCAUAAACUCUCUCUCUCUCUCUCACACACACACACACACGCAUAAACUCUCUCUCACACACACACACACCUAAACUCACACACACACACACACACACACACACACACACGCAUAAACUCUCUCUCACACACACACACACCUAAACUCACACACACACACACACACACACACACACACGCAUAAACUCUCUCUCACACACACACACACCUAAACUCACACACACACACACACACACACGCAUAAACUCUCUCUCUCACACACACACACACACACACACACACACACACACACGCAUAAACUCUCUCUCUCUCACACACACACACACACACACACACACACGCAUAAACUCUCUCUCACACACACACACACCUAAACUCACACACACACACACACACACACACACACGCAUAAACUCUCUCUCACACACACACACACCUAAACUCACACACACACACACACACACACACACACACACACACACGCAUAAACUCUCUCUCUCUCUCACACACACACACACACACACACGCAUAAACUCUCUCUCACACACACACACACCUAAACUCACACACACACACACACACACGCAUAAACUCUCUCUCACACACACACACACCUAAACUCACACACACACACACACACAUGCAUAAACUCUCUCUCACACACACACACACACCUAAACUCACACACACACACACACACGCAUAAACUCUCUCUCUCACACACACACACCUAAACUCACACACACACACACACACACACACCAAACCUACUGUUGUAAUCUCUGCUUGCAAACAGGCCAAAAGCCUUUUGCGUCUUAAUUUUUUAAAGGCUUCCAUGUUUGAUAGACUUUAUAUAUGAUUAGUUAUGUAAUUUGUAUUAUAUUAUAAAUUAAAUAUGUUAAAAACUCAGUGCACACACACACACACACACACAUGUGGAUAGACGAAGUGUAGAUUUGAAGUGUAUUUUCUUGUUUUAUGAAAUGAUUGAUUUUACUGUGCAGUCGUUCCUUUAGACUACUCUAAGGCAUUCUUAACUCCUAAAGUUUAACCAGGGGACUGGACAGGGACUGAUGUUACUGGUGUUCAUCUCACGCAGGAUUGUAACUCUGACCAAGCGUCUUGCCCUUGGGUGUGCUCAGUCACUCUGGAUAUAAAAAGCUCAGUCGAUGCAGCGUUCGUUGUAGCCGUACCAACAAUCCGACCGCCUAAAAGCUUCAACUUGUUUACUCCUUUUGGCGAUAUUUAGGUCAUUAUGUCUUUAUGAAAUGCAGCCAUUUUUGAAACUGACCAAAAUAAACAUGUUGUAGCUUACACUGCCCUCUGUAGGACGCACCUGUGUACUGCGCCCUGUGUGUCCUGUUCUGAUUAAGCUCAUCUUGAUUAACAAGUUUAUAAUCAUAAUCAUGAACUGUAUGGUGAAUUCUUUUUUCAAAAAUUAACUAUUGUCAUUCAGUCGCAAACAAUAGUUACAUAUAGAUUAAUUAUUAUAAUAAUAAUAAUAUUCAGAUUUCAAACUACCUCAAAUGUAAAUGGAUGAUUAGGAUUUGCACACCUUUGAGCAAACCCUCCCCCUCUCUAUCUCUCUCACCCUCUAUCUCGCUCACUCUCUCUCUCUCUCACUCUUUCUCUCGCUCUCUCACACACUCUCUCUCUCUCUCACACACACACACACACACACACACACACACACACACACACACACACACACACACACACACACAAGAUUUGUUAGUUUUUCCAGAAGAACCUUCCAAGUGGCUGAAUUGUGAUCAGAUUUUAAAAUACAAAAACUAAACUCUAAGCAUCAUCAGUUAACUGCUGUUAAAAUAAAUAAAAACACUAAACAAAAACAUUUUUUCCAAUAAGAGGAAGUUCUUACAGCAGAUAGAUGACCACAAAAGCCAUUGUUGGUGUUGUGAAUCCCAACUGCUCGUUUUAUUGCUUCUGUUUACCUUUGGGAUUAUUUAGACACCACGUUAUGUGUUUAUCCUCAGAAUCUAAACCUCUGUGUUCUAUAACAGGUUAAAUAUGUACAUGUCUUCUACUUUAUAAAUGUAGAAUAUUCAUUAUAAGUUAGUUUGGUCAGUUUGUUUUAACUUGUUCAUUGUUGAUUAAUGCUUUAGCUUUCAUCUCCUGGCAAUAUUUAUUCCCUAUUAUUAGUGCAUCAAGUUUUCCUUUUUAUACGAUUUGGCUCAAAAUACGUUUUGAUAAAAGGACGAACAACUAAGUCCUUCAGGGGCACUUCUGAGUUAAAAGAUGCUCAUGUAACACGUGUGUGGAGUAACCAGGUAGGUAGGUUUUAACUGUUGCUAAUCUGCCACGCCCGCCUCCAGGCAUUCUGAUAUAAUACUGUAAUUCCCAGAGUUGGGACCAAGUCAUUCAUUUGUAAGCCUCGAGUCUUCACACUCAUUCAAGUCUCAAGCCAAGUCCAACUAUUAAACUUUGAAUUUCAAAUCCUAAACAAGUAAUUUGACUAAAUUUGUAACUUAAAGAGCAAGUCACCCCUACCAGAUUCUUACUCAACUCCCACUUCCUGUUUGAAAAAUGCAACAAAUGCUGUUGCCUAGCAGACCGAGAAGGCGGAGCCACUAACAAAUACACACACACACACACACACACACACACACACACACACACACGGGCUCACAACUAAAUUGUGACAUCGUAUGGCACCAGCUAGCGUUCUACGGGACCACUUAGCCAACAGCGCUGACAGAUUUAAAUUCAAAUGCAGUGCAGAGUUUUUACCUGACAACGGCACAACACUGACAGUUUUAGGCAGAAAAUUAAAAUUUUAACUAAAAUGCAUUAAAGUGCAAAACUAUUGACUACACGUAUCUGCAGCACGAUUAGACACUCGUUUAUAUAGUUUAUCAGAAAAAAGUAGAUUUGGGGAUGACUUGCUCUUUAAUUACAGAGUAAAAAGACAUCUUUUCUAGAGAAAGGUGACUGAUACCUAAAAUAUUUGACAAAACAAGCAACAAACACAACUGAACCUAAUCACAAGUAAAAGUGUUGAUGUCUAAUCUCCUAGUAAAUAUUAACUAUUUUAUGUUCAACCUAUGUUAUCUUAAGUAUUUCUAGUCAGCACGGUCAGGUUCCAGUGAAAUCAAGAGACGUUGUUGUUAAAGUUUAACUUCCUCUAAAGUCAUCAAAAUUUUAACUGGAGUCUGACUCCCGUUCAUGUAGAGUGGCUCGAGUCCACUUCUCUGCUGUUUCCUUGAUGGAUGAUGUGAAAAGGGAACUUUUGUGAGGAUAGGAAUAAAUAUAGAUGUUCACUUGAAUGCAUUAAAGUCCUGCCCCACAUGUA